AUGGAGCCGCCUUCGCCGGAGAAGCAGUGGGCGAUCCUGGUCUGCGUCCCGCACGUGGUCCCUGGCGUGCACGACUACCCGCCGGGCACCGAGUUCUCGCUCCGGCACGACGACCCGCCGCAGUCCUCCCGCUUCACCGUGCCCAGUCGUAUCGCCUCCGACCCCAAGGACAUCGAGAACCAUCCCUACGUCGCCGCCGUCGGCGCCUACGGCCGCUUCCUCCUCUACGCCACCCAGGGGAACUACCAAGCGCUAGCGAACCAGCACAUCCUCGACUGGUUCUACACCGAGCCGCUCGGCGUCCACCACGGCAGCCCCAAAGCCUACUUCAUCUGCGAACUCAAGACCUGCGCGGCCACCCGCCUCCCCGACCCCGAGCACCCCAUCGUCAACCCCGGCAACGCCGGCCUCAUCAGCUGCGUGGCCGGCUCCUUGGUUGUCGAGCUCCAGCCCACCCCCGGCAACCACGUCGCCACCCUCCUCUGCUACGUGUCGUGGACCAAUACUUGGCUCGUGAGGGACGUCAACUACCCUCCUGUUCACCGGCCGUGGGGCGCCCACGGCGUAAUCUACGACGAGCCGAGACUCACGUGGGUGGAUCUCUCCUACGGCCUUCUCACCUCCUCCCAGUUCCUCUACGACAAUCCCAAUCCGGACCUGGAACUGCGCUUCAUUCCGCUGCCGGCCGGCUGCGAGAGGCUCGCCGGCACGGUGGACCUCGACAAGGAGCGCUGCGUGGGGAUGAGCGACGAGCGUUUACGGUACGUGCAGAUUCACUCGCCCCAAGGCCAGCCGAUCGUCAGCAAGUGGAUGCUGGUCAAUUGGGAUACCGGGUUAUGGUUAUACGACGGUUACAUCUCCUUCAGAGAGAUCUGGGACGACGAGAGCUACAAAGCUAUGAAGCUGCCGGAGCAUGUCCCCACCGUCGCGUUUAUCCACCCUCGCGACGACGACUUGGUCUACUUCUUCCUGCAGUCCCGAAUCUUCGGCGUCGACGUGAGAACGGGUGAGUGCAGCGACUGGAUUUUCUUCAAGAUGAACAGCCCGCCGAGUCGUUACCACUCAUCCCGAUUCGUCCGUCUUUGGCAGCAAACAAAGAAGCUUUUCGAUGGUGCUGGUCCAAACGUUCAGAGGGGUACUUAGGUUCCAUCGGCGGCAAGACGUGAAAUACGACACUUUCAAUCAAGGGAUCCACGGGCGCCUGCACCUAGGCGGCAAAGCUCCAGCAAGAUGAUCUUCCGCUUGGCAACGUCAUGGUCUUCAUAGAUGAUACAUAUGGCUAGCUAGAACUUUCGACGACCUGAUCGAUAGGCUCUGUUAUGUCUAAACAUUGUUGGACUUUGCUCACUUCU